UCCAGGGUCGAGGAGCGCCCGUGGUCCCCUGAGCCCCGCGUCCCUCCCCGGGUGUCAGGACCAGCCCCCGGAGCAGAGCAGGACAGAGCUCUUGUCGAGUCAAUGAGAGACCUCCACAAGUCUAGCGUGCUGGGAAGCAAGCACGGCAGCCUGAUGUCAUGGCGCCCGCAGUACCGCAGCUCCAAAUUCCGGAAUGUCUACGGGAAGGCGGCCAGCCGGGAGCACUGCUUCGACGGCAUCCCCAUCACCAAGAACGUCCACGACAACCACUUCUGCGCCGUCAACGCCCGCUUCCUCGCCAUCGUGACGGAGAGCGCCGGCGGGGGCUCCUUCCUUGUCAUCCCCCUCGAGCAGACAGGCCGGAUCGAACCAAACUACCCCAAAGUCUGUGGUCACCAGGGCAACGUGCUGGACAUCAAGUGGAAUCCUUUCAUUGAGAACAUCAUCGCGUCAUGCUCCGAAGACACCUCGGUGCGGAUCUGGGAGAUCCCCGAGGGCGGCCUGAAGAGGAACAUGACCGAGGCCGUCCUGGAGCUCUACGGGCACAGCCGGCGCGUUGGCCUCGUGGAGUGGCACCCCACCACCAACAACAUCCUCUUCAGUGCCGGCUACGACUAUAAGGUCCUCAUCUGGAACCUGGACAUCGGGGAGCCGGUGAAGAUGAUCGACUGCCACACGGACGUCAUCCUCUGCAUGUCCUUCAACACCGACGGCAGCCUCUUGGCCACCACCUGCAAGGACAAGAAGCUGCGGGUGGUGGAGCCGCGCUCCGGCAGGGUCCUGCAGGAGGCCAGCUGCAAGAACCACCGCGUCAACCGGGUGGUCUUCCUGGGCAGCACGAAGAGGCUGCUGACCACGGGGGUGUCACGCUGGAACACACGGCAGAUCGCCCUCUGGGACCAGGAGGACCUGUCCAUGCCCCUGAUAGAGGAGGAGAUCGAUGGGCUCUCGGGUCUCCUCUUCCCUUUCUACGAUGCCGACACGCACAUGCUCUACCUGGCUGGCAAGGGUGAUGGCAACAUCCGGUACUACGAGAUCGGCUCCGAGAAGCCCUACCUGAGUUAUCUCAUGGAGUUUCGCUCCCCGGCCCCGCAGAAAGGACUGGGGGUGAUGCCAAAGCACGGGCUGGACGUGUCGGCCUGCGAGGUCUUUCGUUUCUACAAGCUCAUCACCCUCAAGGGGCUGAUCGAACCCAUCUCCAUGAUCGUGCCGAGGAGGUCAGAAACGUACCAGGAGGACAUUUACCCGAUGACGCCGGGCACGGAGCCGGCCCUCACGCCGGACGAAUGGCUGAGCGGGGUCAACCGAGAUCCCAUCCUGAUGUCGCUGAAGGAGGGCUACAAGAAGACGUCCAAGAUCUUCAAGGCGCCGGUGAGGGAGAAGAAGAGCGUUGUGGUCAAUGGCAUAGACCUGCUGGAGAACGUGCCACCCCGGACGGAGAACGAGCUCCUUCGGAUGUUCUUCCGACAGCAGGACGAGAUCCGGCGGCUGAAGGAGGAGCUCUCGCAGAAGGACAUACGGAUCCGGCAGCUGCAGCUGGAGCUGAAAAACCUCCGUAACAGCCCCAAGAAUAAUUAAACUCCCAGGGACGUUUUAUAAAUAAACUUUUCUCUGUUUAUACUCGCUCUUUAAUUUUAUUGUAUCCACUCACACAGAGUAUUGAGCCAGAAAGUCAAGUGACCUGCCAAGAGCCCACUCGCUAACUGGAAAUACGUCCUCCUACUCUUGUCCCCGGCACUAAAACCGCUAUAACCGACAGCUACUGCAUGAGAGGCGGCGGGGGGGGCUGCUGCUGGCCCCCACCCUGCCCUUGGAGUAAGUAGAGGAGCAGCAUCCCCUCCUUCGGGAGCCACCAGGAGAGUGUGAUGCUGUGAUUACUAUUCAGUCCUUUUUUUUCCUAUGCAAAAAAAAAAAAGUGAUGGCGGGUGCAGAACUGGAACGGGGUGCAGACCUGGAACGGGGUGCAAGAAGGGCUUAAUUUACAAUUAAUUUAAUUUACAGCCCAGGCUCCUUCCCAGGGCAGCCGGGGUGGGUGGCCGGGCUUUGGCAGGAGCAGCCUGUGAGUGUCCCCAAGGCUCCAGCCCGGGGAAGGGAGCUGCUCCCUAUGCACUUAUAGCCUUCUUUCAAUUAAAAAAAAACCCAACAAAAAAAC